UGAAUGAGAGACAGUCCCAUCUGGCUCCGAGGCAGCUUGUGCUGGCUUAGAAACGUGCUCCUUCCAAUACAGAAAUGUCUUUUGUUUGCCCUAGUUUUCUUUGGCAGGUGGUGCCUUGCAAAUUAAUGUUUUUCUUAAUUACCAUCUUUUUUUUGUUAAUGCACAGGACAAUGCAAACCCUGCAACUAUUUUAAUCUUAAAAUAUUGCCAUUAGAGAGACCUUGCAUCCCAGCUCAACAUUUUCUAUUUUUUGCAAAGAAAGCAGCGCCUCUCGAUAACAAAAGCAGCUCAAGGAUAUAGCAACAAAAUGCCAAUACAAGUGACAUUAUUAUGUCAAGAUACAAGACUCCAUUUGGCACUAGCAUGACUUCAUCAUCAUCGUUGAUCACAAUGGAACUCAUGCAGGACGGCUAAAAUGUCAAGCCAGCCAUAUACACAACCAAAAUCAUCCGACCUUAGAACAAGAGCCAUUGUUUGCACAUGAACAAUUUCAUCAUCAGGACAAGGGCAGUUAAGUACAUAUAAUAAGACGAACCCGGGAUGAGUAAACAAAGCUGCUAACAACAACUACCUUCAUUGAAGCUGUCAGAAAUAACACAAUGCAGAAGACAGGAAAUUGUUCAAAAGCCGCUGAUAGCCACAAUGAACUAAAACAACCAAGAUUCUCUCCAUUUCUCUGCAUCCCUGUCCUUGGUUCACAUCGGAAUGAUGGUCCAGCCGCGGUUCCAUCCAUGUCUUAUUUUCUUACUGUUGUUCUCCCCUCCCCUUUCUCAUUCUUAUUGUAAACAAAACUCCUCACAGAAGACAGAAAUUUCUCCUGCAUUUGAUUCUUCACCUACAAGGUCAAUGAUAAGAACUGCAAGUUAUGAAGCAGUCUCUCCUAAUCAUGAUAGGGAAAUGCUGAUGCCUCAACUCUUGGGACCUCCUGCCCGGAAACAGGCAAUGGAGGAGUCCUCAUCGUCAAAUGGAAAAGUUGUGGCAGCCAUUGUUGUCACAGCUGCAAUCACUCUGGCCAUUGCUGUGAUCUUCUUCUUUAUCUACUUGAAAUUUGCCAAAAAGCGGGAAAAAGUUAUGGCAACCAGUGACGAGCUCAAAAAAGUUAGCAGAAAAGUGAAAAAGUUCACCUUCGAUGAAAAUGGGCAGGAUUUGCUUUAUGUAAAAAGUUUUGACAGGAAACCCAAAAACACUUUCUCAAAGGUUACGCUGAACCCUAGCUAUGAAGAAGAAGGGGAAGAAAAGAGGGUGGAUGUGAUAGUAGAGCAAUUAAAAAAGUACGAGCCACAGGAAAUUUUGCUUUCAUCUUAUGGAAUUGGUCAUGGGAAAGUACCAGAACCAGUUUUGCGAAAUGGAAAACCUACAGCAUUAGUUUCAGAGAUGGAAAGUCCAAAACUACCUCCUCUACCAUCCCCUCCAAGAAAGAAAAUCCCACCACCACCACCCCCACCGCCACCACCACCGCCACCACCUCCUCCUCCACCACCUCCUCCUCCGCCUCCGCCUACACCAACAAAACCACCACUUAAAACAAAGAAAAAUCCUGCAUCACCACCCCCACCACCUAAAAUAGGCGGUUUAAUCUCAUUAUUGAAACCUCCACCAGUUCCAAGAGGGAAAUUAAAUAGCAAGAGCAGGGAAUGGGCACCAACAGAGGGAAGCUUGAUAGGGACUAGCAGUGGGCAUACAAGACUAAAGCCACUGCACUGGGAUAAAGUAACAGCCGAUGUUGAUCAUUCAGUGGUUUGGGAUGAGAUUAAUAAUGGCUCUCUCAGAUUUGAUGACGACCUAAUAGAAACAUUGUUUGGAUAUACAACUGCCAAUAACAAAAUCCUUCUCAGAAAUGAAGUUUCAUCAAGUGGAAGCAGCUCCAACCCCACCCCAGCUACUCAAGUUUUUAUCCUUGAACCAAGGAAGUCUCAAAACACAGCAAUUGUACUAAAAUCUUUAGCAAUUUCUCGCAAAGAAAUUGUUGAUGCUCUUCUCGAGGGUCAUGGACUUAAUACAGAUGUCCUCGAAAAGCUUACCAGAAUUUCCCCGACUCAAGAAGAAGCAGUCAAAAUCACCCAAUACAGGGGCAACCCAUCUAAACUUGCAGAUGCUGAAUCUUUCCUUCACCACAUCCUGAAGGCUAUUCCUUCGGCAUUCAUCCGUAUCAAUGCAAUGCUUUUCAGAUCAAAUUAUGAUUCAGAAAUUCUUCAUCUAAAGGAGUCCUUACAAACACUUGAAUCGGGGUGCAAAGAGCUACGAACCCGUGGCCUCUUCUUAAAACUUCUUGAAGCCAUUCUCAAGGCUGGCAACAGGAUGAAUGCUGGAACAUCCAGAGGCAAUGCACAAGGUUUCAACCUUACUGCUCUUAGAAAGCUUUCCGAUGUUAAAAGCACAGAUGGGAAGACUACUCUACUUCACUUUGUUGUAGAACAAGUAGUUCGAUCAGAAGGUCGACGUCGUGUACUUAAUCGGAACCAUAGUAUGGAAAGAAGUGACGGUCAAAGAAGGAUAAACAGUGAUUUGAAUUCGGACACAUUGACAGAAGAGAGAAACAAAGAGUACCUGUUGUUGGGACUCCCAGCAUUGAGGGACAUGAUUGCUGAAUUCUCCAACGUUAAAAGAGCAGCCGCAAUAGAAUUUGACAGUUUCGUCGACACAUGCUCCUCUCUCACGGCUCGUGUCGCAGAAACUCAGCAACUCGUGGUAAACUUUGGCAACAGUGAGGCUGGUGGGUUUGUGAUGCAAAUGAAAGGAUUCUUGGAGGAUUGCGAAGAGGAACUUAAGGUGGUGAGAGACGAGCAAAAACGGAUUAUGGAGGUUGUUAAGAGAACAACAGAGUAUUACCAAGCAGGAGCAUCAAAACAGAAAGAAGCAAAUCUGCUUCAACUGUUUGUUAUAGUGAAAGAUUUUCUUGACAUGGUUGAUCGAGUCAGUGUAGACAUAUCCCAGAAGGUGCAGAAGAAAAAAGUGGCAGCAAGAGCAGGAUUAUCACCACCACCUUCACCUCCAUCAAAUAAUCCAGUGAGAUUUCCAGACUUCCGUUUACAUCCUAUGUCAGAUAUGUCAAGGGCAACAUCUUGGAGUGAAUCAGAUGAUGGUUUCUGAACAACAGGAUUUGUUCACAUCAGAACAUUACAUUCAGUUAAAUCAAGGAGUUGGCUCCCACGGAAACAGAAGUACAAAAACAUGAUAUUCACCAAGCUUUUACUGCAUAGGUGCAUCUGUCUGAGACUGAAAGGGUUACGCAGCCAGGGAGAGAGAAAAAGAAGAAAAGCGAUCAACACAACACGAAAAUCUUAGCCCCGUGAGCAAAC